AUGCCCGCCGCCCGAGACGAUGAUACUCCACCAGAUGCGCCGCUUAUUGCGGACCGCCAGCGACAUGACAAUGAAUGUACCACCGGCUCCGGAACCCUAGAGCACUCUGGGAACACUUUCAUAUGGACUUUAACAGUCUCCGCCUGUAUAUCCGGCCUCCUUUUCGGCUAUGACACCGGUGUCAUCUCGAGUACACUCGUCUCCAUUGGCACCGAUCUAUCUGGUCGGACUUUGACCACUCUCGACAAAGGGCUUAUUACCUCUUGCACCAGCCUCUUCGCCCUCGUCGCAAGUCCUGUUGCUGGAGUUUUGGCAGACAAGGUGGGACGAAAGAACAUUAUUUUAUUCGCAGAUGCACUCUUCAUAGCUGGCGCGCUCUGGCAAGCCUUGACGAGCUCACUAUGGGGAAUGAUACUCGGUAGAAGCAUUGUUGGACUCGCCAUUGGAGGCGCCAGUCUCAUUGUGCCGCUGUACAUCUCUGAACUCGCACCGAGCCACCUAAGAGGGAGGCUGGUCACUGUAUCUUUGCUCUUCAUUACCGGCGGACAGGUCAUUGCAUACUUGAUCGGAUGGGGUUUUUCUACCAUGCCAGGCGGAUGGAGAUGGAUGGUCGGUCUCGGCUCUGCCCCUGCCCUGGCACAACUAGUCAUGUUGGCCUUCAUGCCGGAGACUCCGCGUUUCCUGGCGAAGAUCGACAGGGAAGCGGAAGCCAGGGCUGUUCUUAGAAAGGUGUACCACGGAAUGACCGGCAGGCCGGAAGACCUUGUCACCGAUAUUAUCUUCGCCAUCCGAAAAGAACUUCUUGACGAGGAGGAAGCCCAUGCUCAGCUCCGCCACUCGCCAGACUCCAAAGCACCCUUCUUCAUCAAUCCAACCUUACAAUCUUUGUUGCUCCACCCACCACACGCGAGAGCUCUGACGAUCAGCUGCUCGCUACAAGCCCUUCAACAGCUCUGCGGCUUCAACAGCCUCAUGUACUUUUCCGCGACUAUUUUUUCGCUUUUAGGCUUUGAAUCCCCGACAUUGACGUCCUUGAGCGUCGCGGGCACCAAUUUCCUCUUCACGAUCGGUGCAUUCAAUCUGAUCGACCGACUUGGCCGUCGGAGGAUGUUACUCCUCACAAUCCCCUUCAUGGCGUUGGGCCUGCUCCUCUGUGCGGUCGCAUUCCUCUUUAUCCGCCUCCCCGCAGAUGACGACAAAGUGGACGCUCGUGCGCCCAACCGCAAUCCAUAUGGCGAUCCCAUCCCACGGCUUCCUGCUAUCAGCAUCCUUGUUGCCAUGAUCAUAUACGUGGCAAACUAUGCAAUGGGUCUCGGGCCUGUUCCCUGGCAGCAAUCCGAACUAUUCCCGCUCAGUGUCCGCUCGCUGGGCUCAUCCCUGGCCACCGCGACGAACUGGCUGUGUAAUACCGUCGUGGGGCUGACGUUUCUUCCGAUGAUGGACUUUCUCGGACCGCAGUGGACGUUUGUCUGCUACGCCGCCGUCUGUGCCGUCGGGUGGGUGGUCGUAUGGUCCAUCUAUCCGGAAACCAUGGGGCUGGGACUCGAAGACGUAGGCGAGUUGUUAAGACACGGCUGGGGAGUCAAGGAGAGCUUGCAUCGCGUGGACAGGCAAAAGGUUAGAAAUAGAUCUGGAGACGAGAAUUGA